GGCCAGUGGUCGCGGAGCGGUGCGCGCGAGAGGAAGUGGGGUGCGCGCGUGUGGUGAGCGGUAGGCCACCUGUGCCAAAGUGGUUUGUGUCAGCGAUUUCGAAAUCGGCGAUAAAAUCGAGUGAUAUGUAUAUGCGGAAAUAGCGUGCCGCAUAUACACCCCUGCCAUGGAUCCAAAGGCGAGCCUUUGGGUAGGAUGCGUCCUGCUCCUUUUAUGUUUGGAUCUAUCUGAAGGAUUCCGGUCCUGCCACCCGAACCCGUGCAAGAACGGCGCCGAGUGUGAGCAGCGCCGGCGCGGCGACCCUCCAGUCUGCAAAUGUCCUCCGACGCACGUGGGCACCUACUGUCAGUACGAGAACCCGUGUCUGACGGGGCGCGGCCAGCGCUGCCAGAACGGCGGCCGAUGCAAGGUCGAGCUCAACGACAACUCGAGUCCGCAGUUCUCGUGCGAGUGUCCGAUCGGCUACUCGGCCAGUCUCUGUGAGAUCCCGGUGACGAACGCGUGCGACAGCGAGCCGUGCCAGAACGGCGGCACGUGCUCGCUGGAGACGCUCGACCGCUACCGGUGCACGUGUCCGGCGCGCUUCCGCGGCGACAACUGCGAACUCAAGGACCACUGCGCCUCGCAGCCGUGCCGAAACUCGGCCAAGUGCACCUCGCUCGAGUCCAGCUACAAGUGCCAGUGUGCCGACGGGUUCACCGGAGCCAAGUGCACGGACGAUAUCAACGAGUGCGACAGCGCCCCGUGCGCGCACGGACGCUGCGUCAACACGUUCGGCAGCUACCAGUGCAUCUGCGACGCCGGCUACACGGGACGCAACUGCGACACCAACUACGUGCCGUGUGUGCCGUCUCCGUGUCAGAACGGCGGCAACUGCACCGUCAUCAACGACCUCGAGCACUCCUGCAAGUGCCCGCUCGGGUUCACUGGGAAGGACUGUGAAGACAACACGGACGACUGUGCCGGCAACCUCUGCCAGAACGGCGCCAAAUGCAUCGACGGCAUCAACUCGUACACGUGCGAGUGUCCGCCGACCUACACCGGCGAGUACUGCACGCAGGAUGUGGACGAGUGCGCACUGCGGCCGUCCAUCUGCAAGAACGGCGCCACGUGCACCAACACGGUGGGCGGCUACUCGUGCAUCUGCGUCAACGGCUGGAUCGGGGACGACUGCAGCGAGAACGAGGAUGACUGCGCCAAGGGCGGCUGCUUCGCCGGCGCCACCUGCCACGACCGCGUCGGCACCUUCCACUGCGAGUGUCCGCCCGGCAAGACAGGUCUUCUGUGUCACCUGAACGACGACUGCGCCUCCAACCCUUGUCACUCGGGCGCCAAGUGCUACACGUCGCCCAUCAACGGCACCUACAAGUGCCACUGCGACACCGGCUACUGGGGCAACGACUGCUCCCAGGACCUCAACGAGUGCGAAGAAGGCUCGCCGUGUGAACACAACGGCAGGUGUGUCAACACUCCGGGAUCCUUCAAGUGCGAGUGCUCCACCGGCUUCACAGGCGCCAGGUGCGAGAUCAACAUCAACGAGUGCGACUCGAACCCGUGUCAGAACGAGGGCACGUGUCUAGACGAGAGCGGCGCCUUCCGCUGCAUCUGUAUGCCAGGCUAUACGGGCCGGCACUGCGAGACUGAUAUCGACGAGUGCAGUCUGCUCGAGGAGCCAUGCUUCAACAAGGGCAUCUGCAUCGACAUGAUCAACGGCUACGAGUGUCGCUGCAACUUCGGCUUCACGGGCAAACGGUGCGCGCAGAACAUCGACGACUGUGUGAGCCGGCCGUGCCAGAACGGCGGCGUGUGCCGGGACGGCAUCAACGGCUACACCUGCCAGUGUCCGCCCGGCUUCACCGGCGCCGACUGCGAGACCAACAUCGACGACUGCGUGGGCCAGCCGUGCCACCACGGCACCUGCACCGACCUGGUCAACAAGUUCCGCUGCCAGUGCUACCCGGGCUACCGCGGCCGGCUCUGCGAGUCGCAGAUCAACGAGUGCGAGAGCCACCCGUGCGAGCACGGCGGAACGUGCGACGACCUGGUGAACGGCUUCCAGUGCCGCUGCAAGCCGGGCACCUACGGCGAGCGCUGCGAACACAACAUCGACGAGUGCCUGGCCAACCCGUGCAACAACGGCGCCACCUGCAUCGACAAGAUCAACAUGUACGAGUGCCGGUGCGCGCCCGGCUUCACGGGCCGCCACUGCGACAUCAACAUCGACGACUGUCGCUCGAACCCGUGCGCCAACGGCGGCACGUGCGUGGACGAGGUGAACGGCUACAGCUGCCGCUGCCCGCGCGGCUACUACGACCGGCGCUGCUUCAGCGACGUCGACGAGUGCGCCUCGAACCCGUGCCUGAACGGCGGCCACUGCGAGGACGGCGUGAAUCGCUUCAUCUGCCACUGCCUGCCCGGCUACGGCGGCCUGCGCUGCGAGCAGGACGUGGACGAGUGCCAGUCGAACCCGUGCCAGCACGGCGGAUCCUGUACCGACCUGCUCAACGACUACAAGUGCUCGUGCCGCGAGGGCUACGCCGGCCGCAACUGCGAGAUUAACGUGGACGACUGCGCCUCGCGGCCGUGCCUGCACGGCGGCACUUGCAUCGACCGUGUGAACGCGUUCGAGUGCGUCUGCGCCCUGCAGUACAACGGCACACGGUGCGAGGCCGAGCUGAACCCGUGCGUGCCCAAUCGGUGCCGCAACGGCGCGCUGUGCUCGCCCAGCAGCAACUACCGCGACUUCGGCUGUCAGUGCCCGCUCGGCUACAAGGGUCGGCUGUGCGACAUCGACCUGGACGAGUGCGAGGCCAGCGACCCGUGCCGCAACGGCGCCACCUGCGAGAACGUACCCGGCUCCUAUCGCUGCCACUGCAUGCCCGGCUUCGAGGGGCGCGACUGCACCCGAAACAUCGACGAGUGCGCCUCCAAGCCGUGCAAGAACGGCGGCACGUGUCUGGACGGGGUGAACGACUACACUUGCUCGUGCCGUCCCGGCUUCACGGGCAAACACUGCGAGAAGGACGUGGACGAGUGUCUGAGCGCGCCGUGCCUCAACGGCGCCACCUGCAAGGACUACGUCAACAGCUACACGUGCGAGUGUCCGCUGGGCUUCUCUGGCACCGACUGCCAGACCAACGACAUGGACUGCACGGCCAGCAGCUGCAUGAACGCCGGCACCUGCGUGGACGGCAUCAACAACUACACGUGUCUCUGCCGGGAGGGCUUCACGGGCUCCAGCUGCCAGACGCCCAUCAACGAGUGCGACUCGAGCCCGUGCGCCAACGGCGCCACCUGCAUCGACCACCGCGGCUACUUCUCGUGCCACUGCAUGCACGGCUACGCCGGCGAGCUGUGCACCGAUUACGUGGACUGGUGCUCGACCAACCCGUGCCUCAACGGCGCCACCUGCAACCAGAAGAAGAACACCUACAAGUGCACCUGCCUGCCCGGCUGGACGGGCGCGCUCUGUGAUGUGGAGAUGGUCUCGUGCCAGGACGCGGCGCUGCGCAAGUCGGUGACGCGGCCGCAGCUCUGCGAGCACGGCGGCACCUGUGAGGACAUCGGCAACUCGCACCGGUGCCACUGCGCGCGCGGCUACACGGGCUCCUACUGCCAGCACGAGGAGGACGAGUGCGAGACGUCGCCGUGCAAGAACGGCGCCACAUGCCACGACCUAGUGGGCACCUACCGCUGCGAGUGCCGGCCCGGCUUCUCGGGAGUCGACUGCGAAAUCAACGAGGACGACUGCGUGCCGAACCGGUGCCAGAACGGCGGCACCUGCCUGGACAUGGUCGAGUCGUUCAGCUGCUCAUGCCCGCACGGAACGGUCGGCCAGCUUUGUGAAACCAACGAGGACGACUGUUACGAGGGCGCCUGCCACCACGGCGGCACGUGCGUCGACCAGGUGGGCGGCUUUACCUGCCAGUGUCCGCCCGGUUUCGUCGGGCCGCAGUGCGAGGGAGACAUCAACGAGUGUCUCACUAAGCCGUGCUUCGAGCCGGGCACCAAGGACUGCGUGGAGCUGGUCAACGACUUCGAGUGCAUGUGCCGGCCCGGCUGGCGCGGCCGCCUCUGCGACGUCAAGAUCGACUUCUGCGGCCGCAACCCGUGUCUGAACGGCGGCGUGUGCGACGGCGUACCGGACGGCUACACGUGCCACUGUCUGGAUGGUUUCACCGGCGAGCACUGCGAGCGGGAACAGACCGAGUGCGACCGGCAGCCGUGCCGCAACGGUGGCACGUGCCGGCCGUACGCGCGCGGCUACGCCUGCACCUGCCCGCCGGGCACGUCCGGCAAAAACUGCGAGCAGGACGUGCACGACGAGUGCAAGCCGAACCCGUGCCAGCAGGGCGGCGUGUGCCUGGACCGCGCCGGCCGCUUCGAGUGCGACUGUCCGCCGACGCUGACCGGCCUGCGCUGUGAGAUCUACGACCCGAGCUCGCCGGGCGGCAUAUUCCGGCCUCUGGACGUGGUCACCGGCCUGCCGAUCGAUAUCCUGGCCGAGCAGGAGCACUGCCGUCGACUCAACUGCCACGAGCGCGCCGGCGACCGCCACUGCGACCCCGAGUGCAACACGUACGCCUGUCAGUUCGACGGCGGCGACUGUUCGCUGUACACGAACCCGUGGCAGAACUGCAGCACCGAGGCCGUGCGCUGCUGGGAGGUGUUCAUGGACGGCAAGUGCGACAUGGAGUGCAACAACGCCGACUGCCUGUUCGACGGCCGCGACUGUCAGUCGGUGGUGCAGGAGUGCAACCCGGUGCACGACUACUUCUGCCGAACCAAAUACGCGGAUGGCGUGUGCGACCAGAGCUGCAACACGGAGGGCUGCAACUGGGACGGCCUCGACUGUGAGCAGGGGCCGCCCGUGCUCGCCUCCGGAGACCUGCGCUUCGUGCUGCUCGUCGACAUGCAGGAGUUCCUCAACAACACGGUGCCGUUCCUGCGCGAGGUCGGCCGCGAGCUGCGCACCAACGUGGUCAUCAAGCGCGACGGCAACGGGCAGCCGAUGGUGUACCCUUGGCAGCCGAGCCGCACCAUCAGCCCAGGCGGCGGCCGCGAGCCCUACCGCUACCGCUUCGUCGGCAAGGGCACCGAGGUGUACGUCAGCCUGGACAACCGCAACUGCGCGCGCGCAGAGGGCGGCCGCUGCUUCAUCGACGCCGAGCAGGCGGCCAGCUACCUGGGCGCGGCCGCCUCCAUGGCGCAACUCUCCUCAUCAUAUCCCAUCUACGAGGUGAACGGCUCGGGCGGCCGCGUGUCGCCCGCGCCGGGCGGCAGCGGCGCCUACCAGUACGUCAUCCCCAUCAUCCUGCUGCUCGUCUUCGUCAUGAUCCUGGUCGGCGUGCUGGUGCAGACCAAGCGGAAACGCGACCGCGGCGUCACCUGGUUCCCCGAGGGCUUCUUCGGGGCGGGCAGCGCGCCCGGGCCGCGGCGUACCAACUCACGCCGGCCCGGCCCCGACGGCCAGGAGAUGCGGCACAUCUCGCAGAGUCGGCUGGCCGAGCUGGACAGCAACGACAACGUGCCGCAGUGGUCGGACGACGACGAGCCGAGCGCCAAGCGGCUGGACAGCGGCCCGUACGGCAGCGACCACACGGUCGUCACAGAUGUGGAGGACGACCGCGGCUGGACGCAGCAGCACAUGAACGCCGCCGACAUCCGCAACCCGGACCUGCUGGCGCUGACGCCCACACACGGCGAGGCGGCUGCGCCCGACGUGGACGUGCGCGGACCGAUGGGCAUGACGCCGCUCAUGAUCGCCUCGUUCCGGAACGGCGGCGCCACGCCCGUGGCCGAGCCCGAGACGGAGGACGACGUGGACGACGGCUCGGCCAGCGUCAUCCAGGAGCUCAUCAACCAGGGCGCCAAGCUGAACGCCACCAUGGACCGCACCGGCGAGACGUCGCUGCACCUGGCGGCGCGCUACGCCCGCGCCGACGCCGCCAAACGGCUGCUGGACGCCGGCGCCGACGUCAACUGCCAGGACUCGACGGGCCGCACGCCGCUGCACGCCGCCGUCGCCUCCGACGCGCAGGGCGUCUUCCAGAUCCUCCUCCGUAACCGGUCGACGGACCUGAACGCGCGCUCCAACGACGGCACGACGCCGCUGAUCCUGGCGGCGCGUCUGGCCAACGAGGGCAUGGUGGAGGACCUGAUCGGCGCCGACACCGACGUCAACGCGGCCGACGACAGCGGCAAGACGGCGCUGCACUGGGCGGCCGCUGUCAACAAUGUCGAGGCCGUGCAGAUUCUGCUGACGCACGGCGCCAACCGGGACGCCCAGAACAACAAGGACGAGACACCGCUGUUCCAGGCGGCACGCGAGGGCUCCUACCAGGCCUGCAAGCUGCUGCUGGAUCACUACGCCAACCGAGACAUCACGGACCAUAUGGACCGGCUGCCGCGUGACGUGGCGGCUGAGCGGCUGCACCACGACAUCGUGCGGCUACUGGACGAGCACGUCACUAUGAGCCCGCAGCAGAUGCCCAGCGCUCAGUCCUUCGGCUCGGCCUCACAGGCCGACAUGUCUUCCCUGAUGAAGAAGCCCAAGAAGCGACCCCGCGCGGCGCUGCCGCCGCCGCAGUCGCAGGGCGCUGCCGGCGGCUCGGCCGACGACGAGCGCAAGGCGCGCACGGCCAGCAUGAAGCGCAAGAAGGCCGACCAGCUGGAGCAGCUGUCGCCCGAGAUGCUGGAGGACGCGCUCGACACGGCCAUGUACGCCAACGUGGCGUCGCUGUCGCAGCACUACGACAUGCGGAUACCCAACAAACCGCCGCCGCCGUAUGAGGACUGCGUCAAGUCGGCCGCCAGCAUGCAGAGCCUGCGCGGCGCGGGCAUGGAGGCAGCCGGCGGCGCGCAGCAGCCCUUCUUCCACCCGCGACAGAAGUCGAUGCCGGCCGCCGUCGGCAUGAGCCCGGAGGGAUACCUGCAGCACAUGCAGCAGCAACAGGAGCCGCCGCAGCCGGCGCCGCGGCAGCACACUCUGCCGCACGGCCAGCAGCAGCAGCAGGGCUACCCGGGCCUGCAGCAGAUGUCGCCCGGCACGUUCAUGCCGUCGCCGCAGAGCAGUAACUACUCGCCGUCACCGCCGGGCGCGCUCUCGCCCCAGGCCCUCUCGCCGUGCAAGCAGCGGCCGGUGAUGGCGCUUUCGCCCACCCACAUGGCGGCGAUACGCGGCGCGGCGCGCGUCAACGGCCACCAGCAGUACGCGUACGACGCCGGCGCCUACGGCCAGGCCGAGUUCACACAGUUGGCGUGCGGCGGCCCGCAGCAGCAGCAGCAGCAGCCGCAGCAGCAGCACAUGUACCCGCACUACCCGACGCCGCCGUCGCAGCACUCGCUGGGCGGCGAGCACGUGCAGCUGUCGCCGGACCACUACCCGACGCCGAGCCCCGACUCUCCGGGCCAGUGGUCGACGAGCAGCCCGCACUCGGCCGGCGGCUGGUCGGACGGCGUGUGCUCGCCGCCGGGCGCGCAGCCCAAGCCGCCGGCGCCGCCGCCACCGCAGCAUCAUCAGCCCGUCGGCGAGGGCGUCUAUAUCUAGCGGCGCGCCGCGCCUCAGCCAGCGACUGGUGUUUCGUAAAGUGCAAAGACAGUGGAGUGCGGGCGUGCCGUUGAGUGUACAUAGACACUAGGACAGCCAACUGUGUAUCAUACGCGAAUAUUAUUGUGCGGGGUUGGGGUGGGGGCGGGCGGGGGCAGCGUGAGGUGAGCAGACGAGACUCCGGUGUCGGCGACCACGGGCGCCGCGCUCGCCGGCCGCCGCUCGGUCGCGCCAAAUUCGGCGCGACUGCCAAAAUGGGUGUGCUGCGCGUCGGUUUCCAGCUUCGGAGCAGUAUCUGAUGUGAUUUUGAAUGGAUCUCACCACUCGUUGCUCACCAUGCUAGGGGACCAUACCGAUUUGUACAUGAAGAACGCAGUGGUUCCGAGCCACAGAGAAGCGCGCGGUGACUCACCGUGUAUUUAUGUAGCUAAGAAUCGCAUUUGUUACUAAAGAAAGUCCUCGGAAUUUAGUGCGAAAAAUGUUGGCGACCACGCGUUUCACUAUCGCCGACAUUUAGCCUUCUUGUACAAAUGUUUACGUUGCGACGAAGGUGAGCUCUGAACGGCGCAUUCCGUGCCUUUAAACGUGUUUUAUAAAUCGACCAGCUUGUGGCGAUCCGUUUUUAGACGCUACUUCCCCUGAGGUGUUUGUUUGUGUGUGUGCGCGGGUGUGUUGGGGCGUUGUCGCCGCCGGCCGCAGUGUGUUGCUGCUGCUCCGCCCUCGGCCCUCCGCGCCGAGAGGCGCCAUCUCCAUUGCGGCCGGUGCAUACGGAAACGAGCGUUUGGUUCUUUGGUAGCAUGUACUUCCCGGCGCCGCGUCGUCAUGCUGCAUUUGCCCGAUGUAUUUUGUAAAGACAAUAUAACUUAGCGUCGAAA